UCAAACUGCGCAUCAGGAGUACUAUAUAUAUAAUUAUAUUAAACCAAACAUAUAAUACUGUAAUGGCUUUGAUCUCAAGCUUGUGUAUCUUUGUUUUGGUUGCACAUUUUGCCACACCAAUUGUGUGCCAUGAAAGACAUCAUCAAGCUGCCCUUUUCGUGUUUGGUGAUUCAAUUUUUGAUCCUGGAAAUAAUAAGUACAUCAACCCGAAUACUAAUCCCCAAGGAAGUAAUAAUUUCCCUUAUGGAGAAUCAUUCUUCAAAUACCCUACUGGCAGGGCCUCCGAUGGACGUCUCGUUCCUGAUUUUAUUGCUGAAUAUGCUAAUUUGCCAUUUAUUCCGCCAUAUUUUGAAAUUGGGAAGGAACAUUUCAUUCAUGGGGUGAAUUUUGCAUCAGCCGGUUCUGGUUGUUUAGCUGAAACCAAUCGUGGCUCUGUUAUAGAUCUUAAAACUCAGUUGAAAUUAUUCCAAAACGUAACACAACUGUUGAAGAAGAAAAUGGGUGAAACAGAGUCGAAACAGAUCCUCUCCAACGCUGUAUAUAUUUUCAGCCCUGCCAAUAAUGAUUUCCUUUUCCCUUUCUUAGCAAAUUUGACUUCUCCAUAUUCCGAUACAGAAUAUCAACAGAUGGUUAUGGGAAAUUUGACUUCUGUUUUGAAGGGAAUUUACAAGGAAGGAGGGAGAAAGUUUGUGAUGUUUAAUGUGGCUCCAUUAGGAUGUGUUCCUUCUAUGAGGGCUCUCAACCUUCAAAAAGGAGUUACGAAUGGGAGUUGUAUGGAGGAAGCAACAGACAAAGCGAAGACGUUUAAUUCAGCUCUCCCAAGAAUGUUUAAAAAACUAGAGAAGCAAUUGCCUGGAUUUAAGUAUACAAUAUUCAACUUCUUCAAAGUAUUUGCAGAUAGCAUUAAUAAUCCAACAAAAUAUGGUUUUAAGAUAUCAGACACGGCUUGUUGUGGAACGGGUCCAUUUCGAGGGAUUCUUAGUUGUGGAGGGACAAUGCAGGUAAAAAAGUACGAGCUAUGUAAAAAUGUGAAAGAGUACUUGUUUUUCGACUCUUUUCAUCCCACUGAGCUGGCCUAUAAACAAUACGCAAAAUUACUAUGGAAUGGAACUCCAGACAUGGUAGCACCUUACAAGCUAAAAUCCUUUUUUAAACGGUCAACAUAACCUGAUGGUGGAAUUCUUCUGUUAAUGCUUACUAUAUAAGGAAGAGAAAAGUAAUUGGUCAUGUUGAUGACAAGGAGCUUUUAUCUUUACUGUUAUUUCUGAUCUUGUGUUUGAUUUCUUUAGAUUUGAUGAGAUGACUUUGUUGUGACGGAAAAGAUAGAAAUCGAAAAUCUAACAAUAAAGAACACCAAGUUUAACGUGGAAAAACCAUUCAAACCGAAGGUAAACACCACGGGAUCGACAAGAUCCGAAUGCUUCACUAUAACAAUAAGAGGGUUACAAAUAUUCUUCUAAUGGCUACACAACAAGUGCCAAAAGAGAACAAACAAUAGUUACACCAACAAAAGAUAAAUAGAAAGAAACACCACCCAAACCCAGCUUCUGUUCGGGACCUAAAACAGGAUCUUGCUGACCUCCGAAUCCGAUCUCCACCGUUCAAAUCAACCACCAAGAUGUCAGGGACACUCAGUCCAAAUUUCAGCCCGAUCCAAACGGUUAGUUAAUCGGAAAACACGAUCUGAACGUGACUGGUCGGAGAAAAGACUGCAACAAAACCCUUUUCUUUCUCUCUUUUUCUCUUGUUGAAAACUCUCUUAAAAAUCUCUCUUAUGUUCUAAUGUCUU